AUGCGACGUUCACUGUCCGCGACGCUGCUGCUGCUCCUGGUCCUGACACUCGGUGCCAACGCCAAGAAGGGCAGAGCCCACAAAGGUAAACAUGAAAGGCCGCAACACUUACAGUGCACCGCCUCGGAGACUGUGUACGGGAAAUGUGUCCCCGAUGAAGGAGACUGUGGAGACGGACUGAGAGAGGCCACCUGUAAAGAGCAGACCAGCAAGAUUCAGUGCAAGAUCCCCUGCAACUGGAGGAAGGAGAUCAGCGACUGCAAGUACAAGUUCUCUCGGUGGGGAGAAUGUGACUCUGUCACCAACACCAAGAGCCGAUCAGGGACACUGAAGAAAGCUCUGUACAACGCUGAGUGUCAACCCACCGUCACCGUGUCCAAACCCUGCUCCCACAAACCCAAGAGACCCAAAGGGGGCAGGAGGUUGGACUAAGCCUUUAAAAAAGGAGACGACAGGAAGACUCUUCAUCCUCCAGCUGAUCAAUCGUCUUCCCUCCUUCAUCAAACACAAAAACCGAGAGACUCCUCCUCCUCCGCCACAAACCAACCACCUUCUCUUUGACCCCUUUAAUUUCCCGUUCUUGUUCUUUUCUUUCUUUCUUGUGUGUUUAUUUGGACUAAUUGUAGAAAACUCUCGUAGGUGAUAGUUUGUUCUAACAGCACUUAAGCUUUACACUUUAGCUGAUGUGAAAUUAACAUCAUGUGACUAUGGUUUAGAAUCAUCAUGUUGAAAAUAUGUAUAAAACAACGAUUGAUCUAUAAUGGCAAAGAUCCAUAUAUAUAUAUAUA